UUCAAGAAUAAAAAAUUCGGCAAACAUUCUUCUUCUCCCAGAUCAAACUCACUCGCAUUUCAAUCAAAGUUCGUUUGCUCUUUCUUGGAAUUUUUCUGAGGCUGAGGGAAUGAUUAUCGAGUACGUGUUAGGUUUUUGUGCAAAGAAGCUUUGUCUACUUUGCGCAAGAGCAAGAACAUUAAUUUCACCGUUUUUGUCUUCUCUCUUUUCUCGGUGCCCUAGGCUUGGCCAGAUUGAUCAACCAAGAUGGGAUGACUUACCUAUGGACUGUUUGGUGAAUGUGUUGGAAAAAGUUGGCAUGAGGUCCUUGCUCUUGGAUGUCCCUUUUGUGUGCAAGUCAUGGUACAGGGCUAGCCUCCACCCUUUAUGCUGGCAACGUCUCAUUUUUGUUGACACUGAAACUAAGAUGGACCUUGAAACUCAUCGACCUUGGCGUUAUCACAGUGAAAUUGAAGCUGAGAUCGACAUUCAAUCUGAUCGUCUCUGCUUCGAAUCCUUGAUGAGUAGAUUUGUAUCUCAGUAUCAAAUUGAUGAUAGCUGUUUCUCUGAUACCGCAUUUAUAACGUCUGUAGUCAAUCGCAGCAGAGGACAUGCAACUUUCCUGAGGCUACCUGGAUUUUGUCCAGAAGCAGCAUUGAAAUAUGUUGGGGAUGUGUGUCAUGAACUUAAGGGUUUGUCUUUGCCCAGACGUUUACUGCUUUGUUCAUCAAGCAUUGUUAAAGAAUUGAUUGGAAAGUGCAAACAUUUGGAGUUGUUGUCACUGGGAGGUAGCCAUAAUUUGGAGGAGAUUCUGUUACAGUUCAGCAUGGGAUGCUGCAGGAAUUUUCUAAACAUAAAUGUGCCAGCUGUUUUAAUGAAUAGACAAGGAGCAAUGAAGAUUCCCUAUUUGAUUCCUAAUGUUAGCUUCCUAAGCAGCUAUAAUUUGGAGGAAAUCCUUGCACAGAUCCGCAUUCACUGCAAGAACUUUUGCCGUUUAAAUAUGUCGGGUGCUUUAAUCAAAAGAGAAGAUGUGGUGGCAAUUGUCAACUUGCUUCCUCACAUUAAGUACCUAAUCCUGAGGAAGGCAUACAUUGAUCGGGGUGAUCUUCUCACAUUACUGCGAGGCUGCACAGAACUUGUGCUUUUGGAUGCAAGGGAUUGCUCUGGUUUUGACGAAGGUGAUGUUGAAAUAUCAGUGCUUGCUUCUCAUAUUGGUGGCACAAUCUUAUUGGAGUAUAACUGGAUAGGGGUUUUCUGACCUGGCAUCCCCGGAAAGUUUGAUAAGGAGUUAUAUGCUUGAAGUCGUACGCAUUCAGGUGUCGAGUUCAGCCUCCCAUGGGUCCUUUCUCUGCUGUUCGUUGCAGAUGAAACUCAAGCACUCAACUCAAUCAAAAGGUUUGUUUACUCUUUCUUGGAAAGAAUUUUCUUAAUUGAUGAUUCUACUUGUCUUGCUCUAGGUUUGGUUCUGGGUCUUUUGAUUCCCACAUAAAAACCCAUUUCAAUUUCAAUCGCUUUCAUUUCUUCUUGAUUUUGUGAUUUUGUUUUUCUUCUGCUGGGACUAUAAGAGGAAGAUUUUCGUUCUGUGUCCCCAAACCACUCCAAUGGCGAAUCCCGACCUGCCCCAACCCAAGAAGCUUCGUCAGACGGUUCAAUUUCAACCAAGAUGGGAAGACCUAAACGUGGACUGUUUGGCAAAUGUGUUUGGAAGAGUUGGUAUCACGGCAUUGCUCUUGAGUGUCCCUUUCGUGUGUAAGUCUUGGUACAGAGCAAGCCUCGACUCUGCAUGUUGGCAACGUCUCAUUUUGCCUGAUGUUGAUACUGAGAUUGACCUUGGAAAUGAGGGAUUUUGGAAUUCUGACAAUGAAAUUGAAGCUGUGGUUGACAGAAGACUAGAGCUUUUCCGUUUCGAUACCUUGAUGCGCAGAUUUUUAAGGGGAUAUCGAAUUGAUCGUAAUUGCUUUUCUGAGACUCAAUUCAUAAUGUUUGUAGUCAAUCGUAGCAGAGGACAGGCUACUUUCCUCAGGCUGCCUCCACUCUGUGAAACUGCAUUAUUGAAUCGUGUUGCAGAUGUGUGUCAUGGACUGAAGGGUUUGUCUUUGCACCGCUGUUCACUGAUCUAUCCAUCAAGCAUUAUCCCAGAGCUGAUUGGAAAGUGUAAACAUUUGGAGCUGUUGUCAUUGAGGGGGGGCAGUAAUAAUUUGAAGGAACUCCUUUCACAGAUCAGCAUUCACUGUAAGAAUUUCUGUCGUUUACUUGUGUUGAAUGCUGUAAUUGGUAGAGAAGAUGCAUUGGCAAUUGUUAACUUGGUUCCUAAUAUUAAGUACUUGAGCUUGAGGAAGUCAUACAUACAUCGGGAUAAUCUUGUCACAUUAUUUCGGUGCUGCAAAGAACUUGUGCUUUUGGAUGCUAGGGAUUGCUCUGGUUUUGAUGGCGGUGAUGUUGAAAUAUUAGCGCUUGCUUCUCAAAUUGAUAAGUUCAGCUGUGAGGGUUCUAGAAAUGGUGACUGGAAAUCAUGACGCUCUUUCUUGGGAAUGUGUUCGGAAGAGUUGGUAUGACGUCAUUGCCGUUGAAUGUUCCUUUCGUGUGCAAGUCUUGGUACAGUACAGAGCAAGCCUAAACUCUGCAUGCUGGCAACAUCUCGUUUUCCCUGAGGUUGAUACUGAGAUUGACAUUGACACUCAUGCUUUGGGGUUCUGAAGAUGAAUCUAAGGCUUAGAUUGACAGGGGAACUGAUCGUUGCUGUUUUGAAACCUUUAUGAAUAGAUUUGUAUGUGAAUAUCGAAUCUAUGAUAGUUGUUUUUCUGGCACUCAAUGUAUAAAGUUUGUAGUCAAUCGUAUCAGAGGACAUGCCACUUUCUCAGGCUACCUGGAGUAUGUAUGUACAGAAGAAGCAUCGAUGUUUGAGAGUAAGUAUCAUGGUCACCGGGUGAAGUUAUUUUUGGUAUUGAUAAGUCUUGAUGAGUAUUUAAUUAGAUGCAGUUUCAAAACUGAGAUGGAACUACAGAACUUUCCAUGCCAUGUCCAAAUUUUCACUGAUGACAGAUUACUACAGAACAUAAGUCACGCGUGGUCAGAUUGUUUGUGGUUUACACGUGUUCAAUGCUUGUAUUGUAUUAAUAAAGAGAAGGCAUUGGCAAUUGUCAACCUGGUUCCGUUGUUUAUUAUCAUCCUAAUUUUUUUGUUAAUUUUGAGGUGUGUUUUGCACCUGGUUUGAUUCACGUAGAAGACAAUUUUGAGGUGUGUUUUGCAAUUAGCGUUAGUCUCAAAUUAUUUGUGAUACGAUACUUCCCUCAUUACCCAUAA